AUGAUUGCAAGCAGUAUAGACAGAGCAGAAGUCACCAAAAUUUAUCUGAAGAAUGCUCAUAGAGGAAGGGGACACACAAACUGUGUGCCAUGCGAACAAAGCCAUGUGGAACGGUAUGUUCUGACAGAAAAUCUUAUAUAUAAAGCUGAAUGUCUCCGACCUACAGUUAUCCCAGGUGAACCAGUGAUACAUUCAGAAAAUUACCAUGAUGCCCUCUGCACUCUGUUCCAAAGUAAAGUUAAGGUAGAUUACGAAAAAAGCAAUGCAGGUUUCAAACGACGCUGCAGCAAUAUGUAUAGUGCAAUAGAAGAUCAUCCUACUAAGAAGCCAGUCAUAUCAAGUAAAGAAAAGCACGAGAAAGCUGACUUGCAACAGUAUGAUCUUAUUGUGGAUCCUGACACUACAAACUUCGAAACCUUAGCUGUGCUCAACCACUAUAAGAUUUUCGAGCACCUUUUUGGACCAGGUGUAUUUUUCGAAAACGUUCAGAGCAUGGACGUCGCUUUCGGAGAGAAUGGUGUAUACUACGGAAAUACUCUUUUAGCAAAGGAUGCCCAAACACAGCCCCAGGUGGGAAUCGAAUCUAUAAAACCUGGCGGCUACAACACAUUGCUCAUGUUGAACCUGGAUGGGAACCCGUAUGAAAAAGAAGGUCCUAUCACUCACUGGUUCGUUGCCAACAUCCCUGAUGGUAAGGGUGUGGAUGAAGGGGAAGAAAUUGUGAAUUACGUGCAACCACUGCCAUUCUAUGGCACAGGUUACCAUCGCGUAGUGUUCUUGCUAUUCCGGCAUAACCAGAAAUUAAAUUCAUCUUUAACCCUAAAUAGCAAGUCGCUAGAUGGGCGGAUAUUGCAGUUAUCGCGUUUCUAUAAAGAUAAUGAGGAUAUCAUCACACCAUCUUCGGUGCUGUUUUUCCAGACCUGCUAUGAUGACUCGGUUAGGUUGCAGUUACAUGAAAUGGGUUUGAAGUCUCCACUCUACGAAUAUAAAUACAAUGAACCAUUGAAGCCUGAACAAAAGGAGUUCCCAAAAAGGCCACAACCUUUUGAUAUGUACCUUGAUAUGUAUCGUGAUCCUAAGGAAGUGGAGAAGGAGCUGUUAGAGGAGAGGUUGAAACGAGCUCAACUAGACGACUAUCAGGCACCAAAAUGGUUGGAUCCGAACUACAAUGAGAAUAAGAAGAACCUACCCGCUUGGCAACACCGAAGAAUACUUGCUAGAGAAGUACACAAAGUACCGUACUCGACUAUUUGGUCCGGCCGCAAAAAGUACGAUCCAGGCGAGAAUUUGAUUUUGAAUCUUUCUUCCACGAGUGAAUCAGCUGAGCUUCCGCUUGAGCAAUGGUUCAGACAAGAUUCUGCAAACAAUUUUCACAUGAGAAUUCCAGCACUCAGUUAG